AUAAUCUUUCCUGUGGAAUUGCAGUUGAAAGAUGCUGAUGUUGCAAAGUCAGCCUGCUUUAACUUGCAGGAUGAGUAGUGAUUUUCCAACUGUGCAAAUGUGAUUUGGAGGACAGGAAAAAAUGUAUUUAGAACCAUGUGAUGCUUUUGGUAAAAUCUCUUAUAGUGACUGGAACUACACUUUUAAUAACAUGGACUGAGAUGUUUUUCUUCAGGCAAAGCUUUGAAUCCUGAACUAAUGGCAGAUAUUCUUUCUUCCUCCCUCGCUUCCCUUCUGCUAGCUAGCAUCUUGCAUCCAUCUUCAGAAGCAGAAAACAUCAAGAUAAAGACACAAAAAUGACUGAGUUCUGGCUGAUUUCUGCUCCUGGGGAAAAAACCUGUCAACAGACAUGGGAGAAACUACAUGCAGCAACUACAAAAAAUAACAAUCUUUCUACUAAUUCGAAGUUCAAUAUUCCAGAUUUGAAGGUUGGCACACUGGAUGUUUUGGUUGGUUUGUCAGAUGAGCUGGCUAAAUUGGAUGCAUUUGUGGAAAGUGUUGUAAAGAAAGUGGCCCAGUAUAUGGCUGAUGUUCUAGAGGACAGUAAAGAUAAAGUCCAGGAGAAUCUUCUGGCUAAUGGAGUUGACUUGGUCACCUAUAUAACAAGGUUCCAGUGGGAUAUGGCCAAAUACCCGAUCAAGCAGUCCUUGAAGAAUAUUUCAGAAAUUAUUGCAAAGGGAGUAAACCAAAUUGACAAUGAUCUAAAAGCAAGAGCCUCAGCAUACAAUAAUCUGAAAGGGAACCUUCAGAAUUUGGAAAGAAAGAAUGCGGGAAGCUUGCUAACCAGAAGCCUUGCUGAUAUUGUAAAGAAAGAGGACUUCGUACUCGAUUCAGAAUAUUUGGUCACGUUAUUAGUGAUUGUACCAAAGUCAAAUUAUAAUGACUGGGUUAAGCAAUACGAAACACUAGCAGAGAUGGUUGUACCACGUUCCAGCAAUGUACUCUUUGAGGAUCAAGAUAGUUACCUUUGUAACGUCACCUUGUUCAGGAAGGCAGUGGAUGACUUCAAGCAUAAAGCCAGAGAAUAUAAAUUUAUGGUCCGUGACUUCCAGUAUAAUGAAGAAGAGAUGAAAGCAGAUAAAGAAGAAAUGAAUAGACUGUCAACUGACAAGAAGAAGCAGUUUGGGCCUCUGGUUCGGUGGCUGAAAGUUAAUUUCAGUGAAGCUUUCAUUGCAUGGAUUCAUGUGAAAGCACUACGAGUUUUUGUUGAAUCUGUUUUAAGGUAUGGUCUGCCAGUUAAUUUCCAGGCAAUGCUGCUUCAGCCUAAUAAGAAAACAAUGAAGAAACUGAGGGAGGUUUUGUAUGACUUAUACAAGCACCUUGACAGCAGUGCAGCAGCUAUCAUUGAUGCAUCUAUGGAUAUUCCAGGCUUAAACCUCAGUCAGCAGGAGUACUACCCAUAUGUGUACUACAAGAUUGAUUGUAAUUUGCUGGAAUUCAAGUAAAAGUUCCCUAACAUGACAAUCUUCUCAGUGUUGGUGUAAACAAACAGAAGUGAGGUUGAAGUACAGUAAUACUUUUGACACUGCUAAUCAUAUGCUUGCUUCUUAUGUUAGGUGAAUUUAACACACAGUGGUCCAUCUCUAGACAUUUUCUUUUUAAAGAACAGAGUAGGUAAUCUGCUUUUAAUCAAUAAUGUCUGUAAAUGUAUAUUGAGAGAAUUGAAGUAUUUAUAAACAGAGUGAUUUAUUUAAGGAAAAGCUCAUUCCUCUUUCAUAUGGUGGUCUGUGUUAAUUCCCUUUACCAUUGUUUAUAAAAAAUGUUUACAGAAUAGUGUAAAUGUUCAUGGCCAUUUUGUUCAUUUGAUUUAGCUGGUACAAUUGUGUUAAUGUUGUUGAACUGUGAUGUAAAGUAUGUAAAAUUGGUAUGAAAUUGUGCUUUAUGAAUGGUUUAAAAUUACAAUUGAUGCACUGUAAACACAGGGGAAAAUAAACAUACCUGUGCAAAUGUGUCACUUUCUCAUACCACAUAUAACUAGAUACCUGUGUCUAAACUGAACCAGUGUAUUAAGUCUUAAAAGCAAUGCUUCAGUCAAAUAUUUUUAAGAGAUGUAGUUAUUUGUGCAGAAAUAUUCAAGUAUGUUUAGCCGUCAAACCUACAUAUGAAUAUUUUCCAGGUUUAUAACU